AUGCUGAAAAGAGGAGUGGCGCUCGUCGGGCAGACUGUUCAGCAAACUUUGUGAGUCCAAUCACCUCCUUCCAUCCAAUUUUGAUGAAAAAAUUUGAAAAUUUGCAGAAAAAGCCAGAAAUACGUGCGCACGCAGGGAUUCAGUGCGACCGCCUCACAAUCUGCCGAAGAGGUGAACUAUGAAAUUAAGAAGGGAGGAAAACGGUUAAAAGGUGAGAAAAGCUGCAAUUUUCGAGGGGAUAACCUAAUUUUCACAAUUUUUAGGUGCCGACUACGAGGAAAUUGUGGUCUCUUCGAUUUCCGGCGAAGAUAAGACGCAAAUUCCAAAAUCGGCGUUCGAUGUGCUUCUGAAGGAGUACGACGAGGUGCAGGCGGAGAGCAGCGACUUCAAAGUACACUUUUUGAGCGGAGUUUCGGAAAAAUCUGGAAAAAAUCGCAUUUUUCAGGACAAAUAUCAGCGAUCUCUGGCGGAGACGGAAAAUGUGCGUCGUCGGGGCGUGAAGCAGACGGAAGACGCGAAAGCGUUUGCGAUUCAGUCGUUUUGCAAGGAUUUGCUCGAGGUUGCGCUUUUUUUCGAAUUUUAGCCCAAACAAUUCAAUUUUUGCAGGUUUCUGACAUUCUCGACAUUGCGGUCAAGUCGGUUAAGCCGGAAGAGCUCGAAUCGGGCUCAAAAGCGUUCAAAGACCUUUUCGAGGGCGUUUCGAUGACCCGGUCGGUGCUGGCAAAGACGUUUUCGAAGCACGGACUCGUUUCCGUCGAUCCGACCAACGAAAAGUUCAACCCCAACCUUCACGAGGCCGUUUUUCAGAUUCCUGCCGCCAAUGUGAGCCUUUUUGAUGAUUGUACGAUGUUUCACCAGAAAUUGUGCAAUUUUCAGGCGAAACAACCGGUGGGACACAUUGAAGUCUGCACUAAAAUCGGCUACUCGCUCAAAGACCGCCCAAUUCGUCCGGCUCAAGUCGGCGUCGUGUCCCAAUAA